CCCUCCCCGGCGGGGCGCGCGUGCGCCGUCCCCAGGAACCGCUGCGGCCGCGAUGGACCAGGGCUCGCUGACCGUCCGCCAGGUGUUAAGUAAAGGAGAUUCGAGCCUUACCACCGAACCACAGGAAGAGUUAGAGGAAACUCCUAGUCCAGUUGUGGAUGAGAAUAUUGUGACAGCCAAAAAACAGGGGCCAAAUUUCCAUAACUGGAGUAGUGACUGGAGCUUUUGGAUUUCAAGUUCCACCUAUAAAGACAGAAAUGAGGAAUACAAAAGACAGUUCACGCAUCUACCUGAUACAGAGAAAUUGAUAGCAGAUUACGCUUGUGCUCUUCAGAGGGACAUUUUGCUUCAGGGACGACUCUACCUUUCAGAAAACUGGCUGUGUUUCUAUAGCAACAUCUUCAGAUGGGAAACUACGAUUUCCAUUGCUUUAAAGAAUAUAACCUUCAUGACCAAGGAGAAAACAGCUCGACUCAUCCCAAAUGCUAUUCAGGUUGUUACAGAAGGUGAAAAGUUUUUCUUUACAUCUUUUGGUGCCAGGGACAGAAGUUACCUGAGUAUCUUUAGGUUGUGGCAGAAUGUGUUAUUAGACAAGAGUUUGAGCAGGCAGGAAUUCUGGCAGCUGCUGCAGCAGAACUAUGGGACUGAGCUGGGCUUGAAUGCUGAAGAGAUGGAAAACUUGUCCUUGUCAAUUGAGGAAAAUGUACAGCCAAGAAGUCCAGGAAGAAGCAGUUUGGAAGACUUUGGUGAGAGAGAAGAAAAAUUAUCUAAGUCAACCAAUUCCACUCGUGAAUCAAUUCGUGUUUCAGAAACAGAAUCAAAUGAUGGAAAUUCACCAAAAGUGGGGUUAGGGAAAGAAGAAGCACAGAAUGAGAAACAGAUGAAAAAGAGUCCUUUGCUAACCCCAGGACUGAGGCUAAGUAGAGUCCCGUCAAAAUCACUGGACUUAAACAAAAAUGAGUAUCUUUCUCUGGACAAAAGCAGCUCUUCAGAUUCUGUUGACGAAGAAAAUAUUCCUGAGAAGGAUCUUCAUGGAAGACUUUAUAUCAAUCGUGUUUUUCAUAUCAGUGCUGAGAGAAUGUUUGAAUUACUCUUCACCAGUUCACACUUUAUGCAGAGGUUUGCCAAUUCUAGAAAUAUUAUAGAUGUAGUAUCUACUCCAUGGAAUGUCGAACCAGGAGGUGAUCAGCUGAGAACCAUGACCUACACGAUAGUCCUUAACAAUCCCAUCACUGGAAAGUUCACCUCUGCCACCGAGAAGCAGACACUGUAUAAAGAAAGCCGGGAAGCACAAUUCUAUCUGAUAGAUUCAGAAGUGCUGACUCAUGAUGUCCCCUAUCACGACUACUUCUAUACACUGAACAGAUACUAUAUCACCCGCUCUUCCAAACGGAAAUGCCGGUUACGAGUUUCCACAGAUUUGAAAUACAGAAAACAACCGUGGGCCCUUGUCAAAUCUUUAAUUGAGAAGAAUUCUUGGAGUUCAUUGGAGGAAUAUUUCAAAAAGCUUGAAUCAGAUUUGUUAAUGGAAGAAUCAAUGUUAAAUCAGCCCAUAGAAGAUCCUGGAAAACUUCCUGUCCUUAGAAGGAGAAGGCGAACGUUCAACCAAACACUGGAAACAGUUCCUAAACUUUCUCCUCGGCGUUCUUCUGGGGACGGGGGCCCAGAUACCAAAGGGGAUAUUGCAGGCACAAAAACGGAAAUGGGAAGCUAUGGCACGGCUCUGGUCGUGGUGAUGAGUAUUUUUUUGCUGCUGCUCGUCCUGUUGAAUGUGACCCUGUUUCUGAAGCUGUCAAAAAUAGAAUAUGCCGCUCAGUCCUUUUAUCGGCUCCAAGUACAGGAAGAGAAAUCUCCCAAUGUAGCCUCUGAUAUGGCGUUGAGAUCAGAAAAUUUACAGAAGAACAAAGACCAGGCGCAGCAACGUUUAAAAGGAGUUCUUCAAGACUCAAUUGUGAUGCUUGAACAGCUAAGGAGUUCACUCAUCAUGCUUCAGAAAACCUUUGACUUACUAAAUAAGAAUAAGACUGGUGUGGCUGAAGAAAGAGAUCCAUCAUUAUGACUGAAAUCGUAGAGGUAUUGGGAACUAAAAGAAAACAUCCAGAAGAAACCAGAGGAUGAAGGAUUUUAUUGUCAAAGGAAUAUUUCCAUAUUUUCUCAUUAUUGGUACUUCUAAUAUGAACAUUCUUAUCUCUUUUAAUUACAUUCAAUAAUUUCCAAAGGC